AUGUACCACAAGCUGUAUGGUUUGAGUACGGAUCGGCUGGGCGGUGCUUACUACCUUAUCUCGCGCAGUCUCGUACCAGAAUUUGGCGGCUCCGUAGGGAUCGUUUUUACGCUCGCUGACGCCGUCGGUGCCGCCAUGCAUAUCACCGGGUUCGCGGAGACCGUCUGGUACAUCAUGUGGGAGUACAACACGUAUAUCACUGGGAACAGCAUUAAUGAGGUGCGGAUCAUCGGACUGGCCACGUGUUUCGUGUGCCUCGCCGUCAUCCUCAUCGGCAUGGCGUGGGAGGCCAAGGCCCAGCUCAUCUUUCUGGUGAUCCUGGUCGUCGCACUUGCAAACUUCUUCGUCGGCACAUUUCUUCCCCGGAAUGACGAGCUGCGAUGGAAGGGUAUCGUCGGAUACAGCGGUACGAACAUUACUGGUCCUGUAAGCGCCUGGCGACCUCUGAUUUUUGCGGGAAUAUUUGCGGCUACUCUGUCGUCUGCUCUAGCCAGCUUGGUCAGCGCCCCGAAGGUUUUCCAGGCUCUGUGCAAGGACCGACUGUUCCCUUUCAUCCACGUGUUCGAAAAGGAAUAUGGAGCAAGCGGUGAUCCAAGGCGCGCUUAUAUUCUAUGUCUCUUAAUCGCUGUCGCAAUGGUCUGCGUCGGCUCCUUGGACAUAAUCGCUCCCAUUAUCUCCAACUUCUACCUAAUGGGGUACGCUAUUGUCAACUUUUCCUGCUUCUACGGAACCAUGGCGAAAACCCCUGGCUUUCGGCCCGGCUUCAAGUACUACAACAAGUGGCUGAUUCUGCUAGGGUCGGCGCUCUGCGUUGCUGCCAUGUUCCUCAUCAACUGGUGGGCGGUGCUUGUCACAAUCGUCAUCAUAGCCGGCCUCUACUUCUACGUAAAUAGAUCGAAACCAGAGGUACACUGGGGUUCCUCCACUCAAGCACAUGCUUACCGCGAGGCCUUGACGACGACGUUAAAGUUAAUCGACGUCGAUGACCACGUCAAGAAUUUCCGACCACAGUUCCUUGUGCUCACCGGAUAUCCUAGCAACAGACCAAACCUGCUCGACUUCGCAGCGAUCAUCACUAAGAAGCAUUCUCUUCUGAUUUCCGGCCAUAUUUUCAAGGGCGAACUGGAGGAGCAUCUGACCAGAAUGAGGUCAAUGUUUGCGUACCGAUGGUUUGGUGCUCGCAAGGUCAAGGCCUCCUACAGCAGUGUGUGUGCACCGACCUUCCGCAUUGGAGUACAGAUUUUUCUACAGGCACUUGGAGUGGGAAGGCUCCGCCCCAACACACUGUUGCUUGGAAACAAGAAUGAUUGGAUGAACGCGGAUCCACGCGAAGUCCUCGGCUACUUCAACGUCAUACAGGACGCGUUUUACCUGCGAUAUAGUGUGGGAGUCCUUCGCGUGGCGGGCGGUUUCGACCGGAACAAGGGGUCCAGUGACGUCAUCAAUCUCGACAACACGAGUGUGUACGGGUCGGACGAGAGCGUUGAGCGGGAGGACGAUGACAAGCCACAAAAUAAAAACGUCAUUGCAAAACCGGUCGACAUCAAGACGAACACUCAUAUGAACAGCAAGCCGCAAAUAAUCCUUCUCCGGCUCAACACGCUGGACGAGGGAAUCGAAAAUGCGGCCUUCGAAGGCGACGACGCAAAGCCUGACCGAGUUGAACGGACGGCGCCUUUAUUCCGGGAGAGCCAGUCCGGCACGGUUGACGUCUGGUGGCUCUACGAUGACGGAGGAAUGACGUUACUGGUUCCCUACAUUCUCAGUAGACGCAAACAGUGGAACACGAAGCUAAGGGUGUUUUGCCUUGACACCAACAACGAGGAAGUAACCGAAGACAAGAAGAGAAUGGAAUCGCUGCUGGCAAAGUUCCGCAUCAAAUUCUCGGAACUGACCAUUCUCACGGAGAUGAACACAAAACCACAGCUAAAAACGUGA